AUUAUUGCCAUUCACAAGGGUUUAUCUGCUUCUCGUGUGUGUGUGUGUGUGUGUGUGUGUGUCAGUCGGUGAUUAGACGCCGUCGAGGGUGGGUUUCUUUCUGUCCUCUCGUGCCGACCCCAACGCCUCGCCGCCAGUACUAUCAUCUCCUGUCUCCACCCACGCCGCCGCCAUGGUCCAGUUUGAAGGAAAAUAUCAACACGAGAAGUCCCAGAAUUUUGAAGAGUUCCUCAAAGCUAUAGGCGUGCCCUUGGUGCCUCGGAAGGUGGUGGCGAACUCCAACCCCGUGGUGGAGGUGACGAAAGACGGGGACACUUGGAGCAUCAAAAUGUCCACUCUGCUGCGGGACAUCGUGUACAAGUUCAAACCAGGCGAACCGACACACACCGAGUCCAUGGGCGGAUCAGCCAAGAACGUGUUUACCAUCGAGAACAACGUCAUCCGUCAGCAGCAGGAGUCACCCACCUUCUCCUUCGACGUGCUGCGGGAGUUCACGGAUGACAACCUGCACAUGACCAUGACCCACGUGGAAUCGGGAACUGUGUGCCAUCGCUACUUCAAGAGGGUCAAGUGAAUCAAGCCACCAGGUACACUCACAUUUCUUUAUACGCGCCUUGAAAUUAUUCCGCGUUAUUUUAGACAGCGCGCAGUGUGUAAACGUCCACUGUAAGGAAGAACGUUGUGUUGGAAAGUCCAGUUCAUUCCUUACUCUAUUUGUUUUCCUCACAUCUUUAGGAAGAACGUAGUUUGUAAGAGACAAAUUAAUUCCUUAUGUUACACUUUUUGCUUACACUUUAGGAAUAAGGCUGUGUAUAAUUUUUUUUCUUAAUAUACACAUUUUGCUCACACCUUUAGGAAGAACGUAGCGUAAAAAAGUCAAAUUCAUUUCUUAUUUUACACUGCUUGCUUACACUUUUAGGAAGAACGAGGUGUAUGAAAGUUCAAUUUAUUUCUUAGUUUACACAUUAUGCUAACACUUUUAGAAAUAACGCAGUGUAUUAAAGUCCAAUUAAUUUCUUAAUCCAUACGUUCUGCUUAAAAAUUUAGAAAGAAAGCAGUGUAUAAUUGUCUUAAUAUAAUUCUUACUCUUAACGACUUGCUCCCUUUUUUUUUUUUUUUUUUUUUAGCUAUAACGUAGUGUAUAAAAGGCCAGUUCAUUCUUUACUUUACAUACUUUGCUUAUAGUUUUAGAAGGAAUAUAGUGGGUAAAAAUUCAGUUCAUUCCGUUCUUUACACGUUUUGGUUACAUUAACGCGAAUCAACUUCCUGUCAUGUAUUCUUAAGGCAAGAGUGUUUAAAUUACGCGAUACUCACUUUACGCUAUCUCGUUAGGAACAACAUUUUCACUCUAAAUGAGGCUAAAUAACCAACACAUUUUUAAGCAUACGAGGCAGACUUAGGGUAAAAAGACAAAAUGGAUGUAGAAAGAGCUAUAUAAGAUGAGUCCGCAACACGUUGUUCCUUUAUAUAAAAGAGCAUAGAAUAAGAUUUCGGUUUUUUUUUUCGAAGACAUCGCUGCCUCUUUACCUUAUAAUAUUAAAGUAGUAGUAGUAGUAGUAGUAGUAGUAGUAGUAGUAGUAGUAGUAGUAGUAGUAGUAGUAUUGAUGAGAUUAUAUAUGUAUAGAGAUCUGUAAUGUUAAUGAAUAAGAACAUGUAUAUCCAUCAAAUGU